CUGCAGUCCGCCGACAGAGGAAGAGCCUCAGUGGGUGCAGUUAGCCGGAGCGUCGCUGUUAGCAGGCAGCGCUGACAAGUGGUUAGCGUGUAAUUCUAGGACACAUUUCUGUUUACCAAACUAGACUCAGGGGUUUUAAUCGAGGCUCUUCGACGACUGCAGCGCCAAGAUGAGCUUCUUGUUUGGCAAUCGCUCGUCUAAAACCUUCAAGCCGAAGAAGAACAUCCCAGAAGGCUCCCACCAGUAUGAGCUGCUGAAACACGCCGAGGCAACGCUGGGCAGCGGCAACCUGAGACAGGCUGUCAUGCUGCCAGAGGGAGAGGAUCUCAAUGAAUGGAUUGCUGUCAACACGGUGGAUUUCUUCAACCAGAUCAACAUGCUGUACGGCACCAUCACUGAAUUCUGCACUGAGACGAGCUGCUCUGUGAUGUCUGCAGGACCGAGAUAUGAGUAUCACUGGGCUGAUGGCACCAAUAUUAAAAAGCCUAUCAAGUGCUCCGCGCCCAAGUACAUUGACUAUUUGAUGACCUGGGUGCAGGAUCAACUGGAUGAUGAGACACUUUUCCCCUCCAAGAUUGGAGUCCCCUUUCCCAAGAAUUUCAUGUCCGUGGCCAAAACCAUCCUGAAGCGUCUGUUCAGGGUUUACGCUCACAUCUACCACCAACAUUUCGACUCUGUGAUGCAGCUGCAAGAGGAGGCUCACCUCAACACCUCCUUCAAGCACUUCAUUUUCUUUGUUCAGGAGUUCAACCUUAUCGACAGGCGAGAGCUCGCUCCUCUGCAGGACCUGAUCGAGAAGCUGGGAUCCAAGGACAGAUAGAUGUUUCAUCACGCGUCUCCUUUUUUCUUCUUACAUUUCUUUUCUCUCUUUUGUCCCUCUCUGUGACCUCUUCUACCUCUACGACUUCUAGCCUCAACUCUUACAAUCUGUGCCUUCUUCUUUACAUUUCCUGAAUGUUUGUACUGUACUUUUCUUUUUAUUCCUUUCUGUUCUCUUGGAUGCUGUCUUUGAGCCCUUUUUCCCCCAUUUUAGCCUCUCUAGAUCAUAUAAUAUAGUGUAGAGGAGUAAAACUAUUUUUUCACAGGACUGUGGUUAACGACUCUGUAAGAGCAGCCGACUGAAUUUUAUAUUGGACCAAGGACAUUUGGAAGUCGAACAGCUUUUCAGAAGUUGUUUUACAGUCUUUCGAUUGUCUGAACACUUGCUAGUUGAUUCCUUUUUGUUAACUUUGAGCUAUUGUCAUUACAGUGACUGACCAAAUAUCCCAAUUGUAGACUUUUUUUUUUACACGUCUGUCAUUGGUGUACAGGAGAGAGUAGCAGGAAAGAAAAGUAGUGACAUUAAAUAGGUUUUGGGUGAACAUUUGUAAACAUAAUAAUACGACGGCAGGCACAACAAUGCACCAGUAUAUGGUAUAAACCUGAUUUCCCGCAUGGUAACACAGUUCCUAUUGACUUGCUCUUUGCCACAGUUACACGUGAAGAGAUGCAGUGGUAGAUAAUUCUGCGAGGCCUUUGUUCUUGCCCCACAAAAAACACCACCAUCGACUGCAUACAGCUAUUUCAGUUUGGUCAUGCAAUAUUGUGUUUGCACUUUUUUUUGGCUAUUUUUUUUUUAAAUGGUAAAAUGUGAGAUAUAGUCCUUACAGUGAUACUUUUUUUUAUCUGCUAUUAAGUAAUUGUUAAUAGCCACUUAAAGCUUAUGUAAUGACCCUAAAAGCUGUAUAGUAUAAGUCAUCCUGUCAACAGCAAAAAUAGUCAAAUGUGAAUUUUUAUUUUUACUAUCAUUUCAGUUCAUUUCUGUGGUGCCGAUCAAUUAUGGAGUUUUUUUUUUUUUUGGUUUGUUUGAAUGCUGGUACUUUUUUUUUUUUUCUUUUUUUUUUUAACUAAAUAAUUCCCCCCUUGAUUGGAAAAUAGAGUGAUAACUAUUGUUCCUGUACACUUAAGAUGUAUGUAGUUUUUCAAAGUCUUUAUUAGUCUUUAGUGCAUUUUUAAUUGUCACGGUCAUUUCCUACACUUCCUCUGGCGACAGCAGCAGGGCUGUUUGUACUGCCAUCCUUUUAAAAACUGAUGCAGCUAAUAUUCCUGAUGAGCGUUUUGUCCGGCUUAGUCUGAUCAAGGGAAUUGGUUCAGAACCUGCUUCACAUUGGACCUAAAUUUAUAUCAGACAAUCCUGUAACCAAUUACGACGAGUUAAUGUUUUAAAUGCAUUGACAGGAACUAACCGAUGGAAUCAAAGGCAGCAGAGUGUUCAUUUUUUAAUUCACCACUUUGUAAAAAAAAGACUAUUCUCAUACCAAGGCACAAGCUUUCUCAUAAUGUGAAAAAAAUCUUUCAUUUUUUUCAAGUACAAUUUAUAUACUUUAAGGCCCACAAGUUGCUCGGCAAAAAAAAGAAGCCGGCACCCUUGAAGUCAUGUCUGUAGGCAUGUCCAGCCUUCACUGUCAAUAUAUAUUCAGUCACAUAUUUGUUGAAAUGUAUUGCUUUUUGUCACAAUUUUAUUUUUAAGCUUUUGGUAUGGAGUUACAUUUAAUAUUACAUUGUACAAUGUUGGCUUUCUCUUUUGAAUCAUAUAAAAAAAAAACAAGGGCUUUGAAAUUAAUGAAAAGUUUUUAUGUUUAUUUUCAAUAUUGGUCCAGUCAUCAGGUGGUUAUUCAGGAGUUGCAAGGAUGUUUGUACCACGUCCACACAUUUGCUGUAAAUAAGAUCAGUGUUUUAUCUGAACAAAACUGUGCCUUACAAUAAUGAAAACGUCUGAUGAGACAGUAUUGACUGAUCAAAAAACGCAAUAAACACUGAAAGGAC